AUGGCGGACGCUGUUUUCGACGAGGAAACAAACGUACUAUUGAGUCAAGUAGAUAUUGAGCCUGUCGAUGCAAACUGGUUCGACAUUGAAACAGACUUUGUACUAAGUCAGUUCAACUUGGAUAACGUUUUAGACAUGGACGUAAAAUCUGGUAACUUUCCAUAUUCACAAACGAUUGGUGACUUAAAUGUGGAAGCCAAUAAAACGGAAACUGGUAAUUGCAGCAGUAAAAGGUUUAACUUUGAAGCCAAGUCAUCUGACGUCAAAAAGCUACAAGCGUCUUCUACGCCGUUAAAUACGCAGAAAAACACUCGCUGGGACGUCAAUACCUGGGAUGAUUGGGGAAAAUGGCGAAAUGACAGGACUAUUUCCGCUGGACUGAAAGAGAGUGCGCCUUACGUGUUAGUACCACCCCUUACUGUCGAUAUUGGUGCAGCGGAGCUUUGUCACUGGAUGUGUCGUUUUAUUUUGGAGGUGAGAAGACAGGAUGGUAGUGAAUAUCCGGCUGAAUCCUUGAGACAGCUAUGCAUAUCCAUUUGGCGGUACUUGCGGGACACUUGCAGACGCUACGAUUUGAACUUCUUUGACAGGUCAAAGCCUGACUUUGCCGACUUACGCGAAUGCCUUGACGCCAGGAUGAAGGAACUUAAUGUUUCCAUUAACAAGGUUAAGAAACAGGCUAAACCUAUAAAUAGGACAGAGGAAGACAUUCUUUGGAGCUCCGUGUUCAGUUUAAAUGAUGCUGCCUGUCUCCAAUAUGCAGUUUAUCUCUACGCCUGCAAGUUAUUUGGUCUCCGAGCAGCCGACGAGCACGCCGACCUUUCUGUGACUCAAUUUACAUUCGGUAGAGAUGAUGUUGGCCAGUUCAUACGGUAUAUUGGUGGUAGAUCUAAAACCGUUCAGGGAGGCAUUUUUCACAAGAAAGUACUUGCUAAGGACAUUAAGCAGUACGCCAACGACAGUAAUCCAAGAUGUGUCGUGAACCUCUUCCAAAAAUACUUAUCCUUAGUUCCUGAAGAUGGUCCGUUCUAUCGGCGACCGUUGGCAACUAAAACGGCUGACGGGGACCAAAAUACUCAACACAGAAGGUUGGUGUCCAUACCAUACAGAAGUUCAUGUCGAGAAUGUGCUAAAGGGCAGGUAUUGACGGCUUCAAGACUGGACACUCUGGUAAAGUAA